AUGUUUGCUAUUAAGGUUGCCCGCCCAGCUGUGGUCAACACCACUUGGAGUGUCAUAGGCCAAAAUAGAAAUUUCGCUACAUUAAAAGAAAUUCAAUUAAGAUUAAAAUCUGUCAAUAGUAUUGCAAAAAUAACGAAAUCUAUGAAAAUGAUUGCAUCUACAAAAAUGACCAGAGCACAAAAGGCCAUGGAAAUUGCAAGAGUUUUUGGAUCUACUCAAACAUCUCUUUUUACUCAUGCUGAUACCAAACCUACCGAAGAAGGAAAUACUCUUGUAGUUACUGUUUCAUCAGAUCGUGGUCUUUGUGGUGGGAUUCAUAGUAGUGUUUCAAAGGCUUCUCGUAAAUUGAUUGAUGAAAAUUCUAGUUCUCAAUUGGUGGUUCUUGGUGAUAAAGCCAAAGCACAACUUGCACGAACAGUUCGUGAUAAUAUUAAACUUUCAUUCAAUCAAAUUGGUAAAGCUGUUCCUACGUAUGCUGAAGCAUGUGCUAUAGCUGACACCGUCUUAAAGGAGAAGGUAGAAUUUGAUCAGGCAGUUAUUGUUUAUAAUCAUUUCAGAUCAGUAAUUGCUUACGAAGCUGAAACAAUUCCAGCUUAUUCAGAAGCAACCUUUGUUAAAUCAGAUGAUGUUUUGGAAAACCUUCAAGAAUUUGCAUUUGCAAAUUCAAUUUAUUGGGGACUUGUUGAAGGACAUGCAGCUGAAAUGGCUGCAAAACGAACUGCUAUGGAGAAUGCUACUAAAAAUGCUGGUGAAAUGAUUGACAGAUUAACAUUAACAUAUAAUCGUGGUCGUCAAGCUGUAAUUACUAAUGAAUUAAUUGAUAUUAUUACUGGAGCUUCUGCACUUUAA